GCAAGCUGGCGGCGUGGGGGGCGGGCCCGGGCCGGGCCGGGGCGGGGAAGGAAGGUGGCUGCGGCCCGGCGCGGGGGGAGGGGGGCGCUGACCCGGAUGUUCACUCCUGGGCACCCGGGGAAGUGGAAGCGCUGGGCCCUGCUGCGGGGGGGAGAGCCACAGACGCCGGGACCGGGACCGCCGCCGCCGUCGUCACCAUGAGUGAUCAACAGCUGGACUGUGCCUUGGACCUAAUGAGGCGCCUGCCUCCACAGCAAAUCGAGAAAAACCUCAGUGACCUGAUUGACCUGGUCCCCAGUCUAUGUGAGGAUCUCCUGUCUUCUGUUGACCAGCCACUGAAAAUUGCCAGAGACAAGGUUGUGGGAAAGGAUUACCUUUUGUGUGACUACAACAGAGAUGGGGACUCCUAUAGGUCACCAUGGAGUAACAAGUAUGACCCUCCCUUGGAGGAUGGGGCCAUGCCGUCAGCUCGGCUGCGAAAGCUGGAGGUGGAAGCCAACAAUGCCUUUGACCAGUACCGAGACCUGUAUUUUGAAGGCGGCGUCUCAUCUGUCUACCUCUGGGAUCUGGAUCAUGGCUUUGCUGGAGUGAUCCUCAUAAAGAAGGCUGGAGAUGGAUCAAAGAAGAUCAAAGGCUGCUGGGAUUCCAUCCACGUGGUGGAAGUGCAGGAGAAAUCCAGCGGCCGCACCGCCCAUUACAAGUUGACCUCCACGGUGAUGCUGUGGCUGCAGACCAACAAAUCCGGCUCUGGCACCAUGAACCUCGGAGGCAGCCUCACCAGACAGAUGGAGAAAGAUGAAACUGUGAGCGACUGCUCCCCACACAUAGCCAACAUUGGGCGCCUGGUAGAGGACAUGGAAAAUAAAAUCAGAAGUACACUGAACGAGAUCUACUUUGGAAAAACAAAGGAUAUUGUCAACGGGCUGAGAUCUGUUGAUGCUAUCCCUGACAACCAAAAGUUUAAGCAGUUGCAGAGGGAGCUCUCUCAAGUGCUGACCCAGCGCCAGAUCUACAUCCAGCCUGAUAAUUAAGCCGAUCCAGGUCUGUGCAGACUUUUGCAGACAAAUCAAAACAAGAAGCUCUGAAGAAUGACCUGGUGGAGGCUUUGAAGAGAAAGCAGCAAUGCUAAACCUCUGCUUCACGCUAACCAGACGCCGUGCACUCGUUAGAGUCCUUUCUUAGAAAACUUGUUUUCUGCUCCCUCCCCUCGUCCCUUCCCUCCCCACAGGUCACAUAACAGCUGCAUCAUUGACCGCACAGCGCCAUCUCUCCCUGAGAAUAAAGCCCCAUAGCCACCCUCCUCCGGCUCCGAGCCUGCUUCCGCCACACCUUGCUCUCAGCUCUCUCCACAUUUCCAUAGAGACCGUGUGGUUUUUGUUCACCCGGGGACCCCGUCUUCCUCCCUGUCCCCACAUUUAUAGGCAUAAAAUCCACUGUCUGCCAGCCUCCCUUCCCUCCCACCUUUUUGUUACAUUGGUGUAAAAAUUGUAAAACAAAAAAAUUUUAUGAACUAACUGUGGUGUGUGAAAGAGAGAAGAAAAACUGGAAAUCUGAUUCCGUGUGUGUUUGGGAGUUGCUUGGGGUUGGGGGUCAUGGGGAGAGGGGACAGCUCUGGGAGCAGAGGUGGCCCGCGGUGCCGUCCUGCGCAGACUCGCCCAUCCCACAGAGGCUGCGGGGUGGGGGCUGGGGGGGGGCGCCGACCGUUCCGCUCUUCCAGCCAGGUGCUUUUCUGUCAAUUUCUAUGGAAUGCAAAAGGAGGUUUUUGUUUUAUUUUGUUUUUUUGUAAAGCUUAAGAAAAAAAAAAUCUACAUCUUAUACUUGAGCCUCCAUACUUUAAAAAAAGAAAAAAAGAAAAAAAAUCAAUAAAAAGAAACUGGGACGCAGUUA